AUGACUUCCUACGAUGACCGCAACCGAGCCUUCCUGCAGGCCUUCAUGGGAAGUUCGUCCAUGACAUUUGAAGAGGCCCAGCCAGUUCUUGCGGCAAUCCUGUCUGCACAUGAUGGAAGAGACGUUAGCGUUGACGACAUCACUGAAGAACACCUCUCGUCAUACAUCUCUGCGGCCAAUACCGCAGUCUCUCCCUUCGACCUCGAAAUCAGAAGCUCCUUCCACCAGACAUCAAGACAGUCCGACCAAGAAAACACAAAUCCCCAGCCCACUAGAGUCUACGCCCUUGUAAAUACAACUAGUGACCCUCUCACCCAAUUGGCGACAACAUACUCCGCAGAUGAGAUCGCCUUUCUUAAACGCGUCCUCGACUACAUGUUCGUGACGAACAAUACACGAAUAUGUGAAGGAAUGCUUAUCUCAUCCAUACAAGCCAUCAAUAUUCGCUCUGCAGCGGAAGCGAAUCGUCGACGAUCCACAAACGCUGGAACGCAGGGUGGUGCAGCACAGUCUUUGACAAUGACACAAGCUGAAAGUAUGAUGAAGCGUCUGGUCGAAGAAGGAUGGUUGGAAAGAAGCAGGAAAGAUAAUUUCAGUCUAAGCCCUAGGGCACUGAUGGAACUACGUGGCUGGUUGGUCGCGGAAUAUAAUGAAGAUCCUACAAGCAGAGGGAACCGUAUCAAGUUUUGUGCUGCGUGCAAGGAUAUCAUCACUGUGGGACAACGCUGCGGUGAUCGUGAAUGCCCAGGUCGGCUACAUGCGCAUUGUCUGCGGAACUUCUUCCGGAUCCACAGGGCAGAAAAGUGUCCUACUUGCAAGGCAGAUUGGCCUGGCGAUGUGUUUGUUGGGGAAAGGGCUGUACUUGCGGCGAGCAGUCGGCGAGAGACUACCAAUGAGCCGCGACGUGCGGCUCCUCCUUCCAGUGCAAUGGAUAGGGAUGUGAGUAUUGACGCAGGGCCAGUAAGUUCUGAUGGGGGAAGUGAGAGCGCAGAGGAAGAGGAAGAGGAGGAGUGA